CCCUCAGUCCUGUAGCUCUAAACUUCUUCAUGUCUGAAGCUUCCUCACUGACUAUUUACAACUUGUGAACAGAGAUCAAGUUUCAUCAUGAAGAUCCUCCACAUUCACUUCUAUCUACAUGUGUUCUGUGGAGCUGCAGAAAGUUUCACAGAGAAGUCUGUAGAUUUGGGACAAAAUGUGACUCUAAAGUGUGAGGUGUCUGUAAACAAUGUGCUCUGGUUCCUGAUGAAGCCGUCAGAACCUCCAGUGUUUAUAUUACGCUCUUUCUCAAGUAGUAUCCUGGUGCCAUAUUACAGAAACACAACCUUCAGCAAGAGAUUCUCAGUGCAAUAUAACAGCAGUUUAUUUAUACACAAUAUCAGUACUAAUGAAUUAGGAGUGUAUUAUUGUAUUCAAACUGGUUCACCUUACAACACCAGCAGUGGAAUCAGACUUUACAUCCGGAAUCGUUCAGCUGAGAAUCAGACGUGUGAAACUGAACAGCGGCCGAAUCAGACAGCGGAUCAAUGUGAAGACGUCGGACUCUGGCGGAUUCUCUUCAUCGUACUCGGAACAAUAAACUGUCUCGUCAUUGCUGUAGUCGCAGUCUCGAUCGUUACCUGCUGUGGAAAAACCAAAUCUCCAAACUGUGAUGUGAAGCUUCAAGAAGUCAGUGGAUCACAGAGUUGGUUGGCAAAAGCGCAUAAAGAAAGCAGCUACACUGUGGUGGAGUUUAUUCCAUUUCACCCUGUGGUGUAACACACACACACACACACACACACACACACACACACACACACACACACAGUCACACACAGUCACACACACAUUGGUCAUUCUUUUGCUUUUUUCAUAAGCUGUGCUGCAUGAUUGCGGUUACAUUCUGCACGCUAACACGUCUCACACACGUCUAAGGUGUACAGCUCCAUCUAUCGCUUCUCAUUCUCAGUGUGACCUUCUGCAGUAAAAUUCUCACAGGAGAUUUUCUCUACAUCAUCAAACUAAACCUUUGUCCAUGUUUCUCAUAUUUAGCUGCUGAUGCUGACAGUGUAAUGUUUCAGAAGGGAAGAUGGCUGGAGCUUUACUGCACAUCUCCUCUCGCUGUCUUUGUAACUGUUUAACAGCAGGCCAUAAAGCCACUGCAAGUCAGAUGUCUACUGAAUGAAGCGUGUGUUCUUACAAGCAAAGGCCCACUUUCUAACUUGUACCUGUGUCACUGUGUCUGAUUCUAUUCAUCUGUAAAGAAUUAAACAUUGUGUCGUGCUGUUCUAGGGAAAUAAUCAGUGAUGGACUGGUGUGCUGAAGUGUGUACACACACACACACACACACACACACACACUCACACUCAUUCACAUCUAGAGCCAGUUCACCUACAGACGUGUUUUUUCCACUCCUCCUCUAGUUUGUGAACAGAGGCAGGAAAAAGGAAAGGAACACAGGAGUGUGUGUAUAAAACACAGUGUAGCACUGACUCCCCUGCUGUUU